AUGACAUCGAUAUCGUUCUGUGGCAAAAAUAAUGGGCUCCAGGUCGGAGAUAAUCAUGGUUCAAUCGACUUUCAUCUGCCUCCAGAGCGACCGGAAACUCCACCUAAGCCGUUAUCAACCGUCCCUUUCGCGCGCGAUCCGGACUUUGUCAAUCGCAUCACACUGCUCAGUCAGAUUCAUGAGAAAAGCUCAGUGCCAGGGUCGAGAAUAGCGCUGGUUGGCCUCGGCGGUGUUGGGAAAUCGCAACUUGCUAUCGAAUACUCCUACCAGGUCCGAUCUGAAUCCCCGGCAACAUGGGUUCUCUGGGUCCAUGCGAGCAACGCAACCAGAUUCGAGCAGAGUUUCCGAGACAUAGCGGACCAGGUGAAAUUACCGGGGCGCAAGGAUCCGCAAGCCAAUAUAUUCAAUCUAGUCGAAAGCUGGCUCCAGGGUGAGAGAAGAGGAAGAUGGGUUCUUAUGCUUGAUAAUGUCGAUGAUCAUGAGUUCCUUCGUAAGUCACCGGCGACUAGCCAGGGAGACCCGAGAAAAAGCCCAAUGAACGUCUCCACAAAGCCACUAUGGGAAUACCUCCCUAGAAGGUUGAACGGUUUUGUGAUUAUCACGAGUCGGACUCGAGAGGUUGCAUUGAAACUGGUCAAUUCCAAGGACCUUAUCGAAGUCAAACCAAUGGAAAGGUCCGAGGCGCUGGAGCUUUUCGAAAGAAAGCUUGAGCAACAAGGGGAAUUUGAAAGCAGUCAACAUUUAGUGGAAGAGCUCGAGCUUAUGCCACUAGCGAUCGUACAGGCAGCAAGCUAUAUUAGGAGCCGGGCACCUCGUUGUUCAGUCUCACAGUAUCUGAGAGACUUCCAAAAGAAUGACCGCGAAGCGACAAAGCUUCUGAAAACCGAGGCAGGUCACCUCUACCGGGAUUGGGAAGCAAAUAACUCUAUUUUGGUGACGUGGCAAAUAUCAUUUGAUCAUAUUUGCCAAAAAACACCGUCGGCUGCGGAUUUACUUUCUCACAUGAGCUUUUACGACCGACAAGGGAUUCCAGAGGAACUUAUACGGGCUCAGUCCGGGAACAGUCAUACAUCAAGGUCGGAGCUUCUAAAUAACUCUAGUGAUGACGAACAGGUAUCUGAACCCGAUACGUUCGACGAUUUUGAAGAUGAUAUAACAACGCUGAGGGAUUUUUCAUUCAUUUCUGUAAGCAAAAACAGCUUAGUCUUCACAAUGCAUAGGCUAGUGCAACUGGCUACGCAUAUAUGGCUGAAGAGUCAUGGUCAAACGGAGCGAUGGAAGGAGAGGUUCAUCGGUAACCUUUACUACAAGUUUCCGACCGGUGAAUAUGAAAACUGGGAAAUAUGCCGACCACUCUUUCCUCAUGUUAAAGCAGCGAUGUCACAGCGACCAAAAUCACAAGAAUCUCUACGGAACUGGGCUGCGCUGCUUUUCAAUGGUGCAUUGUAUGCGUUGGAGAGCGGUAUCAUCACAGACGCGAAAGACAUGGCGUUAAUGUCAAGAAAGCAAAGAGUAAGCCUCUUAGGCGAAGAGCAUGAAGAUACACUCAAUAGCACUGCGAUACUAGCGAGAGCAUGGUCGCUUGAAGGCCACUGGGAAAAUGCCGAGAGACUCGAGAUGCAGGCGAGGGAAAUUUGGAAGAUGAAGUACGGCGAAGAUCAUCCCUCCACGCUGACCAGUACGGCUAGUCUGGCGUUGACAUUUUGGAAUCAAGGUCGUUGGGAGGAAGCCGAGGAACUCCAGAUACAAGUAAUGAAGACGAUCAAGAUGAAGCCUGGUGACGACUAUACCGAGGCUCUGACCAAUAUAUCCAAUUUGGCGUUGACAUACUAUAGCCAGGGCCGGUGGAAGGAGGCCGAAGAGCUGCAAGUGCAGGUGAUGGAGAUACAAAAGACUAAGGUCGGCGAUGACCAUCCUCUCACGAUGACCAGUAUGGCCAACCUAGCAUCAACAUAUAGGAACCAAGGCCGGUGGGAGGAGGCUGAGCAGCUUGAAGUUCGAGUAAUGAACACGAGUAAGAUCAAGCUCGGCGAAGCUCAUCCCGACACGCUGGCCUCUAUAUCCAAUUUGGCGUUGACAUACUGCAACCAGGGCCGGUGGGAGGAGGCUGAGCUGCUCCAGGUGCAGGUGAUGGAGAUGAGUAAAACGAGGCUAGGCGACAAUCAUCCCGUUACGUUGACGAGCAUGGCCGACCUGGCAUUGACGUACUGUGAUCAAGGCCGGUGGGAUGAAGCCGAGCAGCUUGAGGUACAGGUGAUGGAGACUCGCAAAGCGAAACUCGGCCACGACAAUCCCGACACGCUCAAGUCAAUAUCUAACCUGGCGUUUACGUUUUGGAAGCAAGGCCAGUGGAAGGACGCCGAACAACUCCAGGUUCCUUUGAUGACGACGAGCAAGAUGAAGCUCGGCAAAGACCAUCCCGACACGCUGACCUAUAUAUCCAAUCUGGCGUUGACAUACUGCAACCAGGGCCGGUGGCAGGAGGCUGAGCUGCUCCAGGUGCAGGUAAUGGAGAUGAGUAAAACGAGGCUCGGCGGCGACCAUCCCUCUAUGCUGAAGAAUAUGGCCAAUCUGGCAUCGACAUUUUGGUUCCAACGCCGGUGGGAGGAGGCUGAGAAGCUCCAGGUUCAGGUGAUGGAGACUCGCAAGACGAAGCUUGGUGAUGACCAUCCCGACACGCUAAAGUCUAUGGCCAAUCUAGCAUGGACGUUCUGGAGCCAAGCCCGGCGGGAGGAGGCCGAGCAGCUUCAGGUGCAAGUGAUGGAGACUCGCAAGACAAAGCUCGGCGCAGAUCACCCUGACACUCUAGCGAGCAUGACUAGUCUAGCAGUGAUCUUUAUGAGCCUAGGACGAUGGGAGGAAGUCGAGCAGCUUCAGGUGCAGGUGAUGCAGACCCACAAGACAAAGCUCGGCGAAGACCAUCCCGACACGCUGACGAGCAUGGCUAACCUGGCAUCGACAUAUCACAACCAGGGCCGGUGGGAAGAGGCUGAGCAGCUUAGGGUGAAGGUGAUGGAGACUCGCAAGAGAAAGCUCGGCGCAGAUCACCCUGACACUCUAGCGAGCAUGACCAGCCUAGCAGUGACGUUUAUGAACCUAGGAAGAUGGGAGGAAGUCGAGCAGCUUCAGGUGCAGGUGAUGGAGACCCGCAAGACGAAACUCGGCGCAGAUCAUCCUGACACGCUGACAAGCAUGGCUAAUCUUGCAUUUACCUGGAAAAUUUCAGGUCGCAGUGCCGACGCCAUAGAUUUGCUACAGACCUGUUCAGGUAGGCAUAAACAGAUACUAGGCCUGAACCACCCAGAAACUUUAUCUCAUUCUGGUCCAUUGCUGGAAUAG